AUGCUCCUUCAAUCCGCUUCAAGUUUGAUUCACGAACACUACUUGUCGACCCUCGCCACUUCAAUCCUACUGGUAUUUGUCUCACAGUUCUACUACCAAGUCUUCAUCAACCCUCUUGGCAAAUACCCCGGACCAAAACUUGCAGCUACAUCACGCAUCCCUCAACUCUAUCAUACCUUCAAAGGUGACCUAGUAGUAUGGGUUAGUGGACUGCACGCAAAACACGGCGAUAUAGUCCGUGUGGCUCCAGACGAGCUGAGCUAUGCAACUGGCGAGGCAUGGAAGGGAAUAUACGGCCAUGCUUCAGCAGGAAAACCAGUUACAGAGAAGGAUACCCGAUUCUACGGUCCAUCAUUCAACGGAUCCCCAGAAAUCAUCCGAAGUAAUGGACCCGAUCACGCCCGUUUCCGCCGCAACUUCUCGCAUGCAUUUUCAGAUCGCGCGCUUCGGGAACAACAAUCCUUGAUCUGUGGAUAUGCGGACAGUUUAGUUCACAACCUUCAAAAAGCAAUCAAGGAGGACCCGAAGGUCAAAGUCAAUAUGGUCCGAAUGUUCAAUUUGACGACGUUCGAUAUCAUGGGUGAUUUGACCUUCGGUGAUUCCCUGAAUCUGUUAGCUGGAACUGGUAAUACCAGUUGGGUGUCCGCUGUUUACGUCAGUAUAAAAACGAACUCCUUGCGCAGACUGGCUCGCUACGUCCCUUGGACUGCUCCAAUCGCCAAAAGGCUUAUUCCGAAGGAGCUGGAGCAACAAAGUGUCGCUCAUUACCAGGCCUCUCAGGAGCGUGUUGACAAAAGGGUGGACGUCAACCGUACGCUGCAGAAGCCUGAUAUCUGGGGUAUUGUCAUGAGUCAGAAGGAGGACCUCCGUCUUACCCGCACAGAGAUGUAUGCCAAUUCCCAGGUUUUCAUGGUUGCAGGUACCGAGACCACUGCAACUGCGCUAAGUGGUUUGCUCUAUCACCUUCUAAUGGCACCUGACAAGAUGAAGAUCAUUGUAGAGGAAGUCCGCGGGACAUUUGAUAAGGACUCUGAUAUUGACAUGAGAACUCUGGAGCAUAUGACAUAUCUGAAUGCGUGCAUUGAGGAAGGAUUGCGCAUCUACCCUCCAGUUCCAGUUGGUCUGCCUCGCGUCACUCCGGAUGAGGGAUUGCUUGUCUGUGGAGAACAUAUCCCAGGAAGAACUGCGCUGUCGGUUCAUCACUGGGCUACCUAUCGCAACGCUCGAAACUUUAGGCUACCAGAUCAGUUCAUUCCUGAGCGUUGGAUUGGCGAUGAGUUUGCCUCGGAUAAUAAGGCUGCGUUCCAACCAUUCUCAUUCGGCCCUCGCAACUGUAUUGGCAAGAAUCUGGCAUACCACGAAAUGCGUCUCAUUCUGGCCAAGGUGCUGUAUAACUUUGAGAUUUCUCUUCACCCUGAGUCUGUCGGUUGGGGAAAGCAGAAAACAUUCUUCUUGUGGGAGAAGAAGGAUUUAAUGGUCCAGUUGAAGCCCAGAAAAUGA